GGUGGAACAGUCUCUCGCGCCUACAGUGGUGGAAUCGAACGUCCCCGAGCGCACACGGCGUAGAGGAGAGUACGGCGCACGAGUCUGUGGAAGGGAGAUAACGGUUUCUUUUUGCCCCCUCUCCACUCAAACAACAAGAGCGAACCAAACCUGAAUUUUAGGGGGGUUUACAGAGUCUUCUGCUCACAAGGAGGAGGGAAGCGAGGGAUUGGAGCCGCAAGUUUUUUUUUCUUUUUCGUUUUUUUCUCUCUUUUCUUAAAAGAGGAUUCUGUGUUUUCACGGUGGUUUGUUCUCCGCUCUCGCCGCAAAGAUGAUGGUCGGAGAGGUCGAAGUGAAGGAGCGACCGAGGCCGAGUCCCGACUAUUUGAUGCAAUUGUUAAACGAGAAGAAGCUCAUGACCAGCUUGCCAAAUCUCUGCGGCAUCUUCACACACCUCGAGAGGCUUCUGGAUGAAGAGAUCAACAGAGUGCGUAAAGACAUGUACAGUGACACAGUGAAUGGCCUUGUGGACAGACACCCGCUGGAGCUGCCUGAACCUAUCGGACCCAUCGUUCACCUGCAGGAAAAACUGUUUGUGCCUGUCAAAGAGUACCCAGAUUAUAACUUUGUGGGGAGAAUCCUUGGCCGGGGACUCACAGCCAAACAGCUGGAGGCAGAGACAGGAUGCAAAAUCAUGGUGCGGGGCAAGAGCUCUAUGAGAGACAAGAAGAAGGAGGAGCAGAACAGAGGGAAGCCAAACUGGGAACACCUAAAUGAAGACCUUCAUGUCCUUAUCACAGUGGAAGACACACAGGCCAGAGCUGAGAUCAAGAUGAGAAGAGCAGUGGAGGAGGUCAAGAAGCUCCUUGUACCCGCUGCGGAAGGAGAAGACAAUUUGAAGAAGAUGCAGCUGAUGGAGUUAGCUAUCCUCAAUGGGACAUACAGAGACAAUAAUGUCAAAACACCCACCCUUGCGUUCUCUCUUGCAGCGGCAGCAGCAGCCGCUCAGGGCCCCCGCCUCAUAGCGGCCCCCACAGGUCAGGUGUUGCCUCCCCCGGCACUCCGGCCCCCAACACCAGCUGGGGCCCCCAUCAUGAACCUCAUCCGGCCCACUCAGAUGGCUGCCAUGCUGCCCAAUGGCACCCCCACCCUGGUGCCUCCCACACCGGAUGGCGGGCUUAUCUACACCACCCCUUACGAGUACCCUUACGCCUUGGCACCCACCUCCCUGCUGGAGUACCCCAUCGAGCACAGUGGGGUUCUAGGUGCAAUGGCUACUAAAGUGAGACGGCAUGACACGCGGGUCCAUCCUUACCAAAGGAUUGUGACCGCUGACAGAGCCGCCACCGGCAACUAACACAUGACCUUCUGACCUCUGAACUCUUCACCCAAUGACGAGCCGCCCCAAGCCUGCCUGCUGAUCAGUUAACUGGUAAUUGCCUUUUGCUAGCCUCUCGGACGCAAGUGAGAGAGAGAGAGAGGCACCUGCCCGUACAGUUACCCUAACACGUUCUGACAAAAAUAGAAACCAACGCAGAAUCUUCACAGAAAACACAACAAAAACCCAACAAAAGUUGUGUAUUAUUCAUUUUUUCCCUCUGUUCAUUGAGUUCAAUUCCCAUUCUUUCUCUUUCUUUUUCUUCAUGAAUCAUAUACUGGGUGGAUGUGUUUGUCGUAUUACUCAUAAAUCUGCACUGAAUUAUAUAGCAAUAAAGACCCCCACCCACCCUCCUUUAAUUACUCUGAUUUGAUGACCUCACUUGUUUGAAUCAAGUUCAAUAUCUAUUUGACGCAAACCAUUUGGUUUCAGAGUAAUGACAUGAUCCCACUCAAACGCCCCCGACUCCCAACCCCACCCCACUCAAAAGAUAUAUUUACUUAAGAGCACCUACCUGCUCCCACCCUUGUUCCAACACCCACCUACUGCGAGAGAAAAAGAAAUAGAAGGAAAGAGAACAUACGCUCACAUUAACUUGUUUAAUUUCUGUCAUUUUUCACAUGUAGUUCAGUUGUUGAGCUCUAAAAUGUAAUUGAGCUGACACAUUCUGGGUGUGCCCCUCUAAACAGCUUUCUGUCUGUUUUUUUUUUUUUUAAAGCAUGGCUGAAAUGAUUGCAAAAGGAGCUUUUUAUGAUUUAUGUGGUUUUUUUUCUUCUGUCUUUUUUUAAUGCUUUUCUUUUGAGUCAUUUUCUCCACUUGAUUUUGGUUUUUCUGUUGUUCAUAUUUGACUAAUUAGCUUUGCUUAAAUAGACUAGCCAACAUACAGCAGGUGGUUAACUCUGGAAAACAAAACGCAAUCGGAUGUUAAAAGCAGGCCGCAGAAACUAAGAAUUAUGAAGGGCAAGAUGGGAAGCUCAGUAUUUGGGCUGAUGGGUUUUGUUUGUGUGUGUGUGUGUGUGUGUUGUUUUUUUGUUUUGUUUAAUUUUUUUAAUUAAUACUACAAUGAAAGUAGGGUGUGCUGAGGCUUCGGGGACAUUGGAGCAGUGCUUAUUAGCUACUGGCCAUUGCUACACCCCCAUCCACACUACAUCCACGAUACAGUGCCUGAUGUAUUUAGAAAAAUAUCUCAAUGAGUUAGCUGAGCUGUGAUCACAAAGACAAAAAAAAAGUAUUAAGUGUGCAUAUUUAGCCAAAGGGUUUUCCAGUGAAUUAUAUCUGCAAUUAUGCAUCUGUCUCACUGAGGGCUCUCUUUGUGAUUUUAGAGUUUGGAAGGGUGUGAAUUUUUGGUGCCUGCCUUCAGCUGGAACAGACAGCCAGUCAGUUAGAUGAUUUUUGUUUUUUGUCCCAUUACCGCUCUAUAUUUUCUGAGGUGAACACAGGCAAUUAACACUAAAUCAACAUGCUACUCGAUUACAGUACAUUGCUAAGGGGAAGGGCACUUUGAAGUUGUGUACAUAAAUGCUUUUGCCAUGAUACCCGGCUUCUAAAUUCAGUUGUUUCAUCAGCCACAUUGCCAAACAAGUGUUUAUUUCGUCAUUUUGUUCUUUUUUUUUCCCCAUCUCAACAUUUGACCAAUUUUCUUAAAUGCAUUUUUGUUUUUAAUCCCAUAUUUUGCAUGGAGGUCGGCAUAAUCUGAGCCUUUCUGUGUGUUAGAAAUUUUUUGUUUUGUUUUGAUUAUUUUACUGAUGAAACGUCUUUUUGACACAUGCCAAACCAUCCAAAAAGCGCAUCCACAAUGUGUCACACCUCCCUGUGAUCGUAGUCUAGUUUCUGAGCCCACAAUCUUCUGUUCAACUCUCUCAAGAAAAAAAUAGGAUGUGAAAGCCAUGCCUGCCUGUUCAAAUUGCUUUAUACAUACGUCUUAUAUAUAUAUAUAAAUAUAUAUAUAAAUAUAUAAAAAUGUAGAUAUCUGUCAUUGCAUAUACAAAUACAGAAGAGAACAAAAAAUAGAUAAUUUUACAGGGUGCUGGAGAUGAGAAAAAAAUUGAAAAAUCUAUUUUUGGCAAUUUUAGCUUUUGAUACUUUACUUGCAGUUACAAAAUCUGAAAAACUAAAUAAAAAAAAGUUUCAAACAGUAUGGGGGGAAAACAGAAAAAACCGAGUGGGUGAGGAAAAAGUGCUGUUACCUUGAAUAUGAUUGGAAAGGAAGACCAAAACAGUCAUAACCCUUGGAAAGUUAGCGAGGAUCAGACGGAGACGGACGCCUAGAGAGUUUAAAAGGAUCAAAUCAAAGUGCCUUAUCAACAGUGGUUUCUGUUUUCUAGUAUUCCAGUUGUGUUCAAUAAUAUCCAGCACCCACCAAGAUGGCGCAGAGAGGAAAUGGCUAGUGUUACAAGCUCUGAACAGUUGAGCAGGGUAGCUCCCACCAUAUCGUGGUGUUACCGAAGUUAUUCUAUGCAAAAGAAUAGCAGUCGUUUUGACCAGCUAAAAAUAUGUGCCAUGGUUUUGUCUUCCUGAAAUGAUUUAUUUUUCUUUUCCUUUGACUUGCUGGCCCUUUACUCUGCUGUAUGAGCAGGUUUUUGUUCUCUUUUUAUUUAGAUUUUAAUUAUCACAUGAAAUAUUGUCUUGAUUUUUUAUUUUUUUUUGGUGACUGUGACUAACUUCCUAGAACAAAUUGAACUGCCAAUAGCAAACCCAGUAGUCUGCCAGAACAUGUUUUGAUUAUGAGCUGAGAAAAAUACAUAGAAUUCAAGGGAAUGAGUAGGAAAAGUGGGGUCGUCCCCCGCUGGCUUUCUGCCCGUUUGUUUCAACAGCUGCAAACUGAAAGCAUCCAGUCCACAUCUCUCGCUGUCAAUUUGACAACAAGCUAUCAAUACAAUCAGGAGAUUUAUAAUGGACGAAUGAAAUGCUGGGUAAUGGAACUCAGUUUCACAGCCAAAUAGUUUUCAGUUAUUGAAACAACUGACAGAUUAUUGCUGGAAGGUGAAACACACUCGUAAUAUUAAAUUGAGGAAUUCUUAGAUCCAAUAUAACCCUUGGCAGUUUGUUUUUCUAUUCAUAGCUCUUUCAUCAUGCUGUUACACCGAAAGGUCAAUGAAUUUUUUUUUCUUUUUCAGUGUUAUUAUUUUAAAUUGAAAUGCAAUAUUAAAGUGGAGCAAGAGAUGGCUAUUCAGCAUUUGACAGUAUUAAGAAAAUUCCCUCUGCAAUGUUACAACUUGCUGUGUCAUUGUGAAAGGCUGGAUAAGUCCAUCAGGUGAAAGGUUGACUCUAUACCUACCGUAUUCUCUCUGGCCUGCCUACUACAUGUAUGAUAAUGUAAUUAACAGCCAUUGUUACAGGUUUAUAAUGUAUUUUUCUAAUCUCAUUUUAUAUGUAUAUUAAUCAUGUUUCUGAGUGCUUUUUUUUUUUUUUUUUUUUUAAUGAAACCCACUGCAACUUUUCCCCCCUUAAACGGCCCUCCCUUCCUCACCCCCGUCUCUUUUACAUCUUGAAAACUGUCUCUUGUGGGGAGUGUUGCCUUUUUCCCUGUUAUAUUUUGUUUUGUUUUCUUGCCAAUUCCCAGCUUGUUUAACUCAUUAGCUACUUUAUUAGUUUCCUUGUCAUAAGUAUUUUUACAUGCUUGCAUUUAGUUUUCAUGGUGUAUGCUGUUAUUUUUCUUAUUAACCUCUUGGCAUUUAUUUUAAUAAAACAUUCUUAGUAAGAAUUUUACUAACUUGCUGAUAUUUUGUCUUGUGUUUUUAACCAGUUUCAUGAAUGUAUUACCUUGGUCUGGUUCACGGACUAACACAAUUAAAACCAGUGUCUGGCCACCACUUCCACUGACUGACACGCACACCACACAAACACUCACACACACUAGUCUGCACAUGUGUUUCUCACACAACACACACACACACACACACACACACAUCCUAACUGGAAUCUGCACGAGUUGAUAAGCGUCGCUCACUGCCGCUCACGCACUCUCACCUCUGCGCUGGAGAAAAUCUGCUGACACUCUUCAUACUCGCCCCGCUCCGUUCCAACACUGCUGCUGUUGUCUCGUCGUCUCUCUUGGAGACAACUCUUUUGUUAGGUGUCCUGUCCUUCUGUGUCACUGACCCCCGCGAGACGGCAGGAAGCGUCGCAGCGUCGGUCGGUCGGUCGGUGGGGGGGGGGUUUAAUAAGUUGCACGUUGCUUGAGGUCACCGGUUAACUUCUGGGUAAGCUCUCGAACAAAGCGCAGUCCGAUUAAAAGGCCGGUUUGUCUGUACACACGGGUUUCCCUCAAAGUCAAACCCCUCUCCUAAUCCCUACAGAUAAAACUCCCAUUUUCCCACAGCCUCGCCAUUAGUUUGUGCAGGACUAAUCACAAAAAACUGCAUAUUAGUCAUCUCAAAAGGAUUAAUUUUACUGUGAAUAUGUAGAGCAGAACAUCUCAUCACCACACAUUCUAGAUGUGGUGAGUUAUUUACAACAGACACUCGGGGCGCAUUUAUAGAUGACAGUUGUGUGAAUGUCUAAAGCUUUCCUCUUUUUUUUCUUCCAUUGAGUCCGUGGCUUGUUCUGCCUGGAUAGCAGCAUUACAGUUAUCACCAGCUGUUGUCUGUUUGGUGAACACUUCUCCCCAUUCAGCUUAUUGAUAUAACAGCUAAUACUGGGCCAUUUGGGAGCAUCCAUAAUGCUUAGACACACACCAGUACACCAUGCCAAUAUGAAGAGCUUUGGGAUCAAAACAACCUUACUAUUUCUUCCAGUGUAAAAUGCUGAUAUGGCUUUCGGCUCGCCAGUAUUUAUCGUUUUGGGGGACGCUUUUUUUCCCCCUCUUUUUUUGUGUCUGAAUCACUGCCAGUGUGUGUUGUUUAUUCUCCUCCUGUGUCAGUGCACUCGUCCCUGGGUUCAUUCAGCUGUCUUCUCUCUAUUCAGCUUUCUUCUCUUCCACUAAUUCGAGGUAUUGACGCUGACACACAAGCAAAAAGAUUAACUUCAUUAAUCCUGAUUAUUACUUUAACCCACUGAGUGGUGCCUCCAGAUUUGUUUUUUUCCCUCUCCUUUCAAAUCCGCACAACAACUCGGCCUUAACUGUUUGCAAUUCUCUUCAUGUCUCGGCAAGCAAAGAACACGGAUUAAAAGUGUCUAACAUCAAACUUAACAUUUCUCCUCUUCUCUGAAAUUAACAUUUUGUCUCUGUGAUCUGAUAACGGGUGUUUUUCGCUAACACCUGCUUGUACACCAGCAAGUAGAGGCAGAGAUUGGAUUACAAGCAGCCCAAUUGGUUUAAUUUUUUACUUUGUACACUUUACGUUGACAGGUAGAAGCUUUUUAUAUUUAUGAAUCAUCUCGCAUUGGCCUUUAAUGUUUUGAUUGGCUCCUCGGUACCGUAAUGAGCAACCUGAGCUAAAAUCCGUCCAUUAGCAGUCCAUAUAUUUACGCUGUCACAAGUCUUGCCUUUUAUGUCAGCGAGGUUUUCAGUGUCUCGCUCUGGGGGUGAAAAAAAAUGAGCUGAUGAAAAAGACAGCGGUGAGCUAUUUUCCGAAGCACAAUGUACUACAAACACUGCCUAAAAUAUUGCAGCUGUGAGUUUGGAAAAAAAAAAAAAAAAGUGCCUUUUUUCUCAGAUUGGGAAAUUAUAUAUUUUUAUACUGUUAUCAUUCAAGUGCCAAUUUUCUGUCUCCCUUUAUCUUGCCAACAGCUUUUUUUGUUGAGCACAAAAAACUAAAUGCCCAAGCUUCUCCUUUUAUCUGUUUUUUUUUUUUUUGGGUUUCCCAGCACAAUGUACAUAUUCUACUAAACUGGGAAAGUUCGACCAAAAGAUGGGGAAUUUGGUCACGAGAUGUUUCCCACCAUUAAACUUUGGCUUAAUGGGUCCUGUUUUCGAUUUGAUCCACUGAGAACUUCUCUUUCUGAUUGGACCACAGUAUGCAGGACGUGGCUGUUUGCAUACUGCUGCCUGCUCCGGCAGAGUUCUCAGUGCUUUUCCAAAUCUGUCGCAGGGCAUUCAGUGUUAUCUACUAACUACCUUUUCACCUGUCAACCUUUUCUUUUUUUCCCUUCUGUUUAACAAACAUUCCUCCAAUGAGUUAAACGGCAGGUUAACCAAUCAGUAUUGAUGUCAGCGAUGUAGCACUCAGGUGGUUAAAGGGCAAAAGCUACCAAAAUACAGAAUGAGAAAAUUCUAGCCCCACUGGAUUUUUUGUGGUUUAUUUUUUCUUUCUUGACAGUGAUAAAUAUGCAUUAAAAAGUAUAAAAACGUUUUUUUUUUCCUUCCUAAAAUUCUACUAGUAUGACAUAUAUUGUAAGUUCCUCAUCCAUAUAGUGGUGCACUAAUAUCUGUGAGAUCUUUGUGGAGUUGUAAGUUUUUAUGUGAAGUAGUCUUUAUUUUGUUUUGUGUUACCUUGUUUUUAUAGAGGGUUAGGCUGACAAUUUUGAAUAGGGUGUAAAACAUGUAAUGCCAGUUUUUGUUGCUCACACCAAAAAAAAAGAAAGAAAAAAAGGAAAAACAAAUGUCAUGUGUGCAAUAAAGAACCAUAUUUACAAGCUUC